AUGAUUGAUCGAAAACAAUUGAAAGCUGGAGAUCACAUCUACUCUUGGAGGCAGGCUUACAUCUAUGCUCAUCAUGGAAUAUAUGUUGGAGAUGGAAUGGUAAUCCACUUCACAGAUGGAGCAAUCCAACAAACUGAAACACCAACUAUCUCCAACCGUUUCUGUUCAAUUCCCUCUCUGGAUACCGACAUUCCAUGCCCAAGAUGCGGUGAUUGCUGCCAAACAAAGAUGCAUGGUGUCAUCUUAUCCUGCUUAGAUUGUUUUCUUUCUGAAGGUGGACUACACCGCUAUCUGUAUGGUGUCUCUACACUACAUUUUAUAGUCCAAGCUCGAGGAGGUACUUGCACGCGUGCUUCUUCAGAUCCAACCAAAGAGGUCCUAUUCCGUGCUUUGUAUCUUCUUGAAAAUGGAUUUGGUGACUACCAUUUCUAUAAGAAUAAUUGUGAAGAUUUUGCAAUUUAUUGCAAAACAGGCCUCCUUGCAGCUGCAAACAGCAGUGCAGGCGGAAGUGGACAAGCAGCAACUUACGCAGCCGCUGCUAAUUCUAUAGCUUCUUUAUCACUUCGAUUUGUGGCUUCCAGUUAUUGUGGUCUGACAUUGGUUGGUUGUGGAAUGUACUGCUAUAGAAGAUUGAUUUCUGAUAUUGGAUUUCACAAUGGAGUAACUAAUGUUCCUGUAGAAAAAAUAUCUGAGAUGGCCAAGGCGGAAAACUAG